AUGUUUCUUUACAGCAAAUUGGGUUUUACUAAAGUCAAGGCACCCAACAGUCAUAACCGGAAACGUUUGGCCAUUGAAUCACGACGUCAUGCUUCACCAGAUGAUUCACACAUGUUUAUUAUAAAAUUACCGCCAAAUAUGUAUUAUUACACCAAUCCUAAACCAUCUACGUCUGGCACUGCAACAGUCUCGUCAACCUCAUCGGCAACAUCUCCAAAUUCUAUUGCCUCAUCGGUGGAUAAAAAAAAUUCUUUAGUACCUCAUGUACUUAAGGAUGAUACAAGUUUAACUAAGGAUGCUAACGGAAAAAAGGUCUCAUUCCCAUUUAAUUCGAAUGGUAAACCAGGACGUAUCUAUCAUUGGAAUUUACCGGUCAUUAAAAAAAUGCUCGAAGAUAAACGUUUUCCCAACGUUGCCAAUAUCGAACCGAAUAAAGUCGAAGAAUUGAUUGAUAUAAAAAAUAUACCAACAUGGUCAAAACCAUGGGAAAAUGAUUCAAUUGAAAAAUCCUACAAUCAGGAUUCAAUGAUGAGCUAUAAAAAAUCAUUAAAACGUAAAUCACCAACAUAUUAUGCACCAGCCAGUGCGGUCAAUAAAAACAGUUUCAAUAAAUACUUUUCGGGCAAUGGCAAACCUAAAGGAUUUUAUGUCAUAAAAGAGAAUCAAAAGAAACCAUCAUACUAUAAAAAUAUUGUAGCGUAAAAAAACAAAAGAAAACGAAAAGAAGUAGUUUUUAAAAGAGUAAAGACAAAAAGUGAGAAGAUUGUCGACGAAAGCAAAAGGUAAAAUAAAACAGGUUAAAUUAAUAUUAAUAAUAUUGGACUUAUUAUAUCAUAAUCUUAAAGAAAACAAACAAAAGCCAUAUUAAUAAAAUGAUUUUUUUUUACUUUUGCAAAACAAACUAACAAACACACCAUGUAAUGUGUGGAUAAUAAUAUAUGAUAGACAUUAUAUUAAUUGCAAAAUAUACAUCCUAAAUUUUAUAACUCAAGCAUAAAGUAAAACUUUAGACUUAUCAAAAGACUAAUAAAACUAAAUACAUAAAUAAAGAACAAAUAAUUAAAAAAAAAAAACAAAACAAAUUACUUAUAUACAAAAAACAUUUUAUACUUUUAUAUAAUGUAAACUGUUGUUUAAGGAUCACUUUCACAAGAUUUGAUUUAACUAAACUUAACUGAAUGCAUAAGGCCAACAGUUUAAAAAUUAACCGAAUAGAGAAAGAAAAUUUUAUUUUUUUUUUUUGAUUUUGAUGGUGUGUUUCUACUGCCUUUCAAAUUUUACCUAAAUAUUGUGAAACCGAACCUUAACAAUUAAAUUUAAUCGAUUUACAUAAAAUUUAAUGGCUUUUUCAUAUCGAAAUGUCGAAAUUAAAAUACAUAAUAUAUAUUUUUAUAAUCGUACUAUCUCUCUCACACACUCAAAAUGGAAACAAUAAAUUUAAAUGCAUAUAAAAAUUGUAAUGGUAGUAAUUUUUAGUAAUAAUUUGUUUAGUAUUUUAAGUCAUAAAAAAAUAUUUGUAUUUGUUUAAAUGAAAAGUUUAUUAAAGAAAGUCGGUAUUAUGACAGAAACAAAUUGUGCAAUUAAAAAAAAAAUAGUAAAUAAAAUCACACCAAGCUAAAAAAAGAACUUCCAAGGAAGCGAAAAAGAAGUAGAAUCUACUCCAUAGAAAUGCUGAAAAACACCUGAAGAAGUGAUGAUUUUAACACAAGCUGGAUAUAGGAGGGCUGCCUUUUUUUAUUUGAUUCCAAAUUCACUACUUCUAAAUUCAUUCUCAAGAUGUCAUUUUUAUGUUAAUUUAUUGGAAGUGAAAUUGUAGAUACUUUUAAUAUAAAAACCCAAAUUAACAUUUUUUUUUAAAUUUUACAAAUGUAAGUAUAAAAAAUAUAUGUAGCAUUGCGAAUAAUCGUAUUAUUUUCGCUUUUUAGGAAGUCAUUCAACAUUACUUCCAAAGAAGCUAAAAAAAUUCUUUUAGUGCUACCUUUGAAGUGCUGAUAAAUUUUAUUCAUUGGAAAAUACUUCGUUUAAUUUUUGCUGGAACACAAUUAAAUUACCUUAUUCAUAUUUCGAGAUAUGACCUUCCUCUCGCGUUGAUAAUUUUCUGAUACCCAUCUUUUUACAUCACUGAACAAUUUAGACAUUAACUAAUAAUAUGAUCAGAAUGAGAGGCUUUAUCUGAAUGAGCAAAACGUCUAGAAAAUUGAUUUUCAAAAUAUACGACGUAUUUUGCAUAGAGCACUAUAUGCAUAAAGUUUUCCGGAACAACAAUGUACAGGAAAAAGAGCGCACAACAGGUCCGUAAGAGAUUUCGUCAUUUCGAAAAAAACGUCAAAUAAAGACAAAGAAAGUGUCAAAAAGGAAGAAUUUCAGAUCCUUCAUUGAUCACAUAAAAUUUGACACAACAUGAUAAUAUCCCAAAUAAUCCCAAAUUCUUAUGAACAUGUCUAUUUCCAUAUCUAAAAAAAAAUUGUGAUCAACUUUUUACGGUUAUUUCUUAAUCAAUUGUGUGCGUUUAAGCGAUUUUCGGAGGUGGACCUUAUAUCCGAAAAAAUGUCACUAAACAAUAAUGUUAUUUGUUUGUAAUCUUCAUUUAUUGUUUAUUUCCUUUCGGAAUCGAAAGUGAAAGCAAAGGUUAAUUAUGAAAGGAUCCAGGUUUUAUUUGGUAAUACGCUUUUUAUUAAUUAAUACUACCGAUAAAAUAUCAAUAUUCUAGAGGGAGUUAUUAAUAAUAAAUCCGUUUUCCAUGAUCAUCACAAUUUCAUACGAAUUAAAAAUUGCACCAAGAUUUCGCAAAGAGUAUGCAAUAAGAACAAAAGGGACGAAAAGACAUUAUCAGAGUAAAAAGCAUACAAAUUGUCUACUUUAAACCCAACGAUAUCAAACGAAAUUUUGGGGUUUUAAAUUCCAUAUAUUUUUUUUAUAUUUACUAAAAAAUUCUAUUAAUUUUAGUUAAAAUGUAGCACCCUUUCUAUGAACUAUAUAUUAAAAAGAAAAAUAUAUUGGAAUCAGUACUUACCAAUAAAAAUCAAAAGAUAA